CCCAUUAUACAUUUCCUCUUUACAUGAUACAGAAGGAAGUUAUGAAGGAAGUGAAUGAAAAAGAUGAAACAUCUAGAUCAAAGCUCACUGGACAGCCUGGGUACGGGUGGAUUUCAAAUGGAGUCAGCAGUUUCACAAACUCUUAGAACUGCAGUUCCACUAACCAGCUUCGCCACUGCCCUGGAUGACAUCACAGAAGCAAACACGACUCGCACAGAACCAAACGCUUCCUGUGAAAUGUCAAAGAUCCCAGCUCAUCCUGUUUUCAUAUUUGCAUACUCACUAGUGUUUCUUGUCAGUCUGGUGCUGAAUUGCAUCACGAUGCGUGUGUAUUUCUGCACUAAGCACUGCGUCCAGUCCAGUGUCACGGUCUACAUGAAGAACCUGGCCGCAGCUGACUUCUUCCUUUGCCUUUGUUUACCUUUGCGCAUCGCUAACUAUAGCAACAGUUCAGAGAUCAUGCGUAAUAUCUACUGCAGCUUUGGAGCAACAGCCUUCUAUUUAAACAUGUAUGCAAGCAUUCUCUUCAUGGACUUUAUUGCUGCAAACAGGUACCUGAAGAUUGUCCGGCCAUUGGAGACUCAUGCUCUGCAGACAGUUCGUACGGCCCGCCACAUUUCUGCAGCUACUUGGCUCUCACUGUUAGCCAUGUCUUCCAUCUACUUGAUCCUCUUUCUCCUGACCUCCUGGGGUCAUGAUCAAAAGCCUGAUAAAAUUGGCUGUGAGGCUUUACACAGUCCUCAGCUCAGUCUGGUCUACAAAAUCACUCAUUGUGUGUCCAUGGUAAUCUUCACUUUUGUGCUGGUGUCUCUGAUUGCUCUUUACUGGGGAACUUUGCAAAAGGUCAGACAAGCUCAGUUGUCCACACAGACCACAUCCAGAAGUAAUAAGUUCAGAAAGUCUAAGCGCAACAUGCUAGUUCUUGUGGUUGUUUUUUGUGUGUGCUUUGUGCCCUAUCAUCUGGUGAGACUGCCUUAUGCAUUUAUCAAACUUCAGACGAAAAGCUGCACAGCCCAAGCAUUCUACGUCCUGAAGGAGCUGACUGUCCUACUAUCAGUGCUAAAUGCUUGUUUGGAUCCAUUUAUAUACUUUAUCUUCUGCAAGGCCUUCAGAGCCCAGCUGAGCCUCAGGAAGGACAAAGAUUCGCUUAAAGACAGUGACGAUAGAGGACAGCAAAGGCGAAUGAGCAACAUGUUGAGCUACAUUGAGACAAAGAUAUCCACGCUCAGACGUGAAAGCGUCAUUUAACGCAAAAAUUCCCAGGAAGGAAGACAAUUUUCCUAGUAAACAAUGAGAAAAUAUGUGCAAUGUAGAUGAAGGCUCAUUAAAGGCUCAAUUUAUCUUAAAAGCAUGCCCAUCUUCGGUUUUGUCCUUUUCUCUUGCGCAACAUUUAAUUUUCAGUUUUACUGUUACUAGAUUACAGAAUGAAAAUAAUCGAAUAGUGAAUUUGUUGCUAGAAAUUAAAGCUGCAGUCUGUAACUUUUUUGGUUAAAAAUUAUCCAAAAUACAUUUUUUACCAAGUACCAGCCAGUGUUCAAAACUAUCUCCUUACCUUAGCCCGUUUCACAA